AUGGAGGGAGUCGUCUACAGAUGGGAGGUCUCUGAGCUCGAGUUCUGGGCCGACGCGUGUCCCGAGCGAGGCGGCUCGGAGCGGCUUUCGGCCAGUGACUCGGGAAUGACGGCGUUCAGCUCUGGCAGCUAUGACGGCAACCACUCCGAGGAGAAAGCUUUCGACCUUGAUGCAAACUUCACGCGAACCUUCUGGCUUUCCAACUGUACCAGCUGCCCUGCAGGGACAGCGUGGUUAGGCUUGGCAGCAUCGCUGGGAACGCCGGCCUUCCGGGUGGCGUGCACGAAGUUGCUGCAGGGGAACACGGCGACCAGCAUGUGUGGGCUCAUCGUUCUGGAAGCUUCAGAUGAUUUCCAAACGUGGGAGGUGCGAGGCAGCAUGGUGGGCCUGAGUGAGAAUCAGUCGCUUUGUGUGCCGCGAACCUCGCAAGACUUCCCAUCUUUGCAGUGUGGCGUGCUGGAGAACGGAUGCGGCAGCAACAUCGAGUUUGGGUCGUGUGCUGGGUCCAAAGAAGUUUGCCAAGUCAACCAGUGCAUCUGCCAAGGCCGCCUGGAGGUCACAGACCCGGCUUUCAGCGGCUGGCAGUGUGGAGAUGCGGAAGAUGGCUGUGGGGGGAUCCUCAGGUUCGGCAGCUGCAGUGGCAGCAAUGCUACCUGCAUCAACCAUCGUUGCAAGGAGGACAUCUUCGCGGCGGCGCAUUGGAGACUGAUGUGUACGGGCACGACGGUCGGCCGGUGGGUAGUGCGGGAGGUUCGCUUCCAUGCGGAUGGCCUCUGUGUGAUUGCGCACACCGUUUUCAGGAGAGCUGGCAGCUCGGGAACGCAGUAUGCGCACUCACCCGCGCUGAAUGCGUUCGAUGGUGACGAGAGCAGUCGCUGGAUAUCCAGCUGCCAUGGAUGCAAGCCCCGGGAGGCUUGGCUUAGCCUGCAAUUCCCGGACCCAGUGGUAGUAAGGUGCGUUCGAGUCCUUCAGCAUCCAAGGACAGCCCAGCAAUGCCCAACGCUGUCCCUCGAGUACUCCGAUGAUGGUGUCGUGUGGACGGAGCGCUAUCAGUACGGAGCAACCGGCUUUACCGUCGGCGAGGAUGCGCGACUGGAGGCAACGCUGGACGAAGACUUCUCGCUGCAGGAUGUCUUCGCAGAGGAGCGCUUCGCCUACAUGUGGAGGAUCGCGUGCAUGGAGGCAGUGGAGUUUCCGUGGAAGGUCCGGGAGUUCGACUUCUACGACAACGAGGAGUGCUCCAGUUCUCUGCGGGGUGCAGUCGAUUCCGUGCUCCAUGCUGCCUCCUCGUCAUGGCCUGCGGAAAAUGCAUACGAUCAGAAUGAGUUCACCAUCUGGACUACCAAGUGCGGCCAAUGCUCCGGGUCGGAGGACCCGUUCUGCGCUUGCCGGCCGGGGGAAGCCUAUGUUGGCCUCAGAUUCCAACGGCGCGUGCGGCCCCGCUGCUUCCGCAUCCUGCAGCUCGAGGAGGGAAGGGGCCUUUGCGGGCAGCUGGCCAUCCACUUCAGCGACGACACCGAUCCUGACCAAGUUGCCGACUGGACUCUGAGGCGGUCCUUUGAUGGUGUUGGCAGUGACCUCCUGGGGGUGCUCGCUCCCCGUGGUGACGCAUCAGAGACGAACCAGGCCGCCUCCUGGAGCACCGGCUGGCUGGCCGUUUCGACGCUGCUGUUCGUAGCAGGCAGCGUUUGA